AUGCGUUGGUUUUUGAAUUCUCACUUUUUUAACCAUGCGUGGGAGGCCGUCUCAUCGGCCAACUGGAUCAAGUAUCCGAACGAAGUCACUCCACACGUUAUACAUGUGGAUUAUUUAUCUAGAAGAGUCGACCCCACUACUGGGGUCCUGCACACAGAAAGGCUCAUCACUUGUAGACAAAAUGUGCCCGAUUUUAUUUUGAGGCUCAUAGGCGGCUCCAACGAGGCCUAUAUAUAUGAGCGCUCUGAAUGUGAUCCUCAAAAACGUGUUCUAACCCUACGAACGCAAAACUUAACCUUCUGUACACUGAUGAGUGUAGAAGAAACCUGUGUAUAUAGCCCUUCUCCUUCCGACCCGGAAAGAGAAACUCAAUUUACCCAAGAGGUACGAAUAGAUUCCUUCAAUGGCUGGGCAACCAUCCGAAACUACCUGGAAGAUUUUGGGCUGGAAAGAUUUAAAUCAAAUGCAAUCAAAGGCAAGUUAGCUUUAGAACAAACGCUAGCCAAAAUCUGUCACGAAACUAAAGAGGUGCUUUCAUCGGCAACGGAAAUGUGUCAAAAAGCAGCCACUUGUGCUCAACAAAAACCUUGCAAUUAA